AUGGGGGAGAGGGAAGGAUGUUUUUCCACCCCCCAACCCCCCAUGUCUGUGGUGAAGUCAAUCGAAUUAGUGCUGCCCAAGGAUAUGAUCUACCUGGCUGGCUCCAGCGUAAAAGGACAGGUGAUUCUAACCCUGAACAGCACCCUGGUGGACCCCAUAGUCAAGGUGGAGCUCGUGGGAAGGGGUUACGUCGAGUGGAAUGAAGAAAUUGGGGCAUCCCGUGAUUACAGCAGAGAUGUGAUUUGCAACAACAAAGCAGACUACGUGCAUAAGACAAAGACAUUCCCAGUGGAGGAUAAUUGGUUAAGUGCAGGCAGCCACACCUUUGAUUUCCAUUUCAACUUACCUCCCAGGCUUCCAUCUACCUUCAUCAGCAAAAUUGGCCACAUCUCCUACUUCAUACAAGCUUCCUGCAUGGGCCGAGAACACAUUUUAGCCAAGAAGAAGAUUUACUUAUUGGUUCAAGGGAUUUCAGACUUCCAUAAAGAAAACCCAUUCCAGAACCCUGUGUGUGUGCGGGCUGAGAAAAAAGUCUCCUACAACUGCUGCAGCCGGGGCACCAUCCGCCUAGAAAUCCAGAUGGAAAAGAACAUCUUCACGCCAGGAGAAAAAGUUGUUUUCACGACAGAGAUCAACAACCAGACCAACAAAUACAUCAAGACAGUCAUCUUUGCCUUCUAUGCCCGUGUGCGGUAUGAGGGCUUCACACUCAACGCAGAGCAGCGGUCACGGAUGGACAGCAGUGAACUCCUGCGGCAGGAGGCCAACACACAGAUCACGCCCUUCAAUACCACCAAGAUUGUCAGCACCUUCAACCUGCCCCCAGUGCUGUCUGUGAGUGGCAACACACGGGGAGAGAUCAUGAGUACAUACUACGAGCUGGUCAUCACCAUGCACCUGCCCUGGUCUCUGACCAGCAUCAAGGCAACAGUUCCCAUAAUCAUCAUCAGCACCUUGGUGGACUCUGCCCAGUUACCAGGCACUGGAAGGGAGAGUGAGACUGUGAACCGGGAUAACCAGAAUUAA